AUGAGUCGCUCUGUGUGGUUCGAGAAGCUGCGUGCUGGCAUCGGUACGGUCGCGACGCCGCUGCCGCUGCCAAACACCGCGAUUCGACGCAGCCAGAGUUGGAGCCGUCGGUUUGUGGCGCGUACGAUUGUCGCAUUUAUAACAGUAGCUGGUUUGGCAACCAUAGCUUGGCACUCAAGUUCUUGGCGAGAGGCUGUGUUUCCCACGAAAGUGUUCUCGCAGGCAAGCACAGAGGCAGCCGCAGCGGCACCCGAUACAGCACGAGCGGCACCAGGGUUGCCGCGGACAAUGCUCACCAAAGCACCGGGAAAGAUCCCUUUCCAGGACGAGAAACCGCCAACCAGGGCAGAGCUCGGUCGAGCGGGAUGGACGCUUCUUCACUCGAUAGCGGCAAACUAUCCAGAGGUGGCCACACCAGAGAUGCAAACCCAUGCUCGUCAAUUCAUUGCAUCUUUUGCCGCGCUUUACCCGUGUCCGACCUGUCGAGAGCAUUUCCAGGGAUACGUGCGAACCCAUCCACCUGCAUUAGAAUCCCGAGAGCAAUUCGUGAAAUGGUGCUGUCGUGCACAUAACGCGGUGAACCUGCGUCUGGGGAAACCCACCAUUCCCUGUACAGAUUUGCAACUACUCGACAAACGCUGGCGCGACUGCCACUGCGACGAGCAGGAGCCCCAGAACAUGAUCCGCGCUGCACGGCGCCUGAUCGAAAGCCGCCGCCCAAACGCCGGUUAG